AUGGAGCUCAACUUCCUGUGUAUGGUGACAUCUGAGCAUGCUGAGUAUGUUGAACCAGCAGCUGAGAAUGGAUGGAGGGAUCGACGGAGGGCUGAGCUGCUGGAGAGGAGAGCGGAGGUCAUUCCUCAGUACGUGGAGCAGCUCGAAGAGUGUGUUCAGAGAGACAUGAUCCCAGUGAGCAGACUCACAUUAAAACAGGAAGAGCGUUCAGAGCGAGGGAAGACGGAGGAAAAGGUGUGGGCGAGGAAGCAGAGAGUAAUGUCGCUCUUAAGGGGAAAUUCAAAGAUUAGGCACAUAGAUGAAGAAGAAGCCGUUCUGCAGGACAGACUCUAUGCUGUGUUCCAGCGGGCUGAGAAUCGCUUGCUGAAUUCUCUGCGUCAACGCCAGGCUGAGGUCGUCAACCAAUAUGGUGAAAUUAUUGAAGAGACCGAAAACUCAGAGCCACUGGGCAUUGAAUCUGACCUCCACUGGCAGGUGGAAUGGACUCGGACCCCAGAGCCCAUAGAGGUGCUUGUUUUGUGUUUGAGGGCCGUGAGAGAAAAGCUGCCCAGAGGUCUGUACUCACUGAGCGUGUCUCUUCAGACUCAACUGGGCGGCCGCACACUGCGCUGGUCCUGUCUGCAGGAGCAGCAGUGGGUUGGAAGAACAGAACCCGUGGAACACCAGGGCCGAUACUUUGACAUAGAGCUCAACAUUAACCAGAGCCUCUACAUGGAGCAGCAGUGGGUUGGAAGAACAGAACCCGUGGAACACCAGGGCCGAUACUUUGACAUAGAGCUCAACAUUAACCAGAGCCUCUACAUGGUCUUGCCUGCAUCAUGUGAUCUGUUACCAUCCAGUGUGUUAGUGUUCAAGCUGUUAUCUCUGCCUGGAGAUCACAGUCAUGUGAGUUCUGUGGUGGGCUGGGGUGCAUUUCCCGUCUGCGACUGCUCCCUCCAACUCUUCAAUGGCAAGUUCAAGACCCCUCUCUUGCGUGGCAGUCCGGACCCCUCGCUCAACCAGUUCCGCAGAAUUGAGCAUCUGCUUUCCACUGACCUGGACAACUGGCUAUGCAACCUCUACUUCCAGGUGAAGAGACUCCCGCGGGGCAGCACCGGGGUGCCGGAGCACAGCUUCACCCUGCAGAUCCCUUCUCACCCCCAGCUGAGCUCCAGCCAGGGGCUUCAUCCCCAUCCGGACACCUCCAUCCGCUCUUCUGCUUCUCUGCCAGGUAAGAGCCCCAGUGGAGCUGCGUCAGCCUCUGAGCCCAGCAACCAGACAAACCGCCCCAUCGCUGAGAAAACCAAGGCCGACAUUCAUAGCAAGAGCGGCAGGCAGAAGAAGAUAAUCGAGAGAAACAGUGAGGCGCUCAAACCUCUCCCUAAAGAUCAGCUAGACCAGUUCACCUUCUCUGUGAG